UACAACAAGACGAAUAAACGAAACGAAAGUGAUCAAUAACAAUACAUACUAGACAGUUGUAUACCGCAUCCAAACACGACAGCAGUCAAGUCAAGCGGAUUCAAGUCUCCAGUCGACUCGAUUAGAAUAAGUGGCAGGUCAGUUGCAACGAUGGCCUCCCCGUUUUUCCGUCACACGAAGGCGUUGUUUGGAGUAAUAUUUUUGACCGCCUUCAUGGCCCUUUAUAGCAACUGCAAGGUUGUCCCACUUUCCCUUCUCCGAAGGAAUCACACCAGUUCAAUAGAAUACGGCAGCACGACCGACCAAUCAAAACCCCGUGAUCAUGCUAAAGAUACCAGCGGCAGCGUCUUCUCAACAUUAUUUUCGCAGUCGUCCACCAGUGCGAAGGAUGAAAAGAAGAAUAACGCCAACGCGGCACCAACGUACAGGAGAUGUUAUCCAAAGAAUGCUAGCAAAGAAUGUAAUGCAGGAGAGCGCUGUACGAAGUCAUCAAACCAGAAAAUCACAAACAAGUUGCCACUAAGCUUGCAAACCAAUAACCAGAGAUCUGAUCAUGAUGUUUCUCUUAUCAAUGAUGAAAAUGAACAACCCGAUGGCAGGAAUGAUGAUGAUGAUGAUGAUGAUGAAAGAGAAUAUAAUCAAAGCAAGGAAGAAGAUGAUGAUAACGGCAACGACGAUGACCAUGACGACGUCAACGAUGACGAUGAUGAUGGUAUCAACAUCAACAGCGGAAACAACAAUAAUGACAAAGGUGAAACUUGGUAUUGCAUGCCGAUAUCGUUGACUGGGACCGACCCCUUUGCAGAGGUUAGUCACAGACUUUUUUUUUCGUUUUGUGUUCACGAACUAGUAUGAAUGAUGCGUAUCAAUACUGUGCGAUUGGAUCGAAGCAAACCAGCUAGUUCUGGGUUUUUCACAGUUCGGAUUGCUGUCACUCACUAUUCACUCGUGAAUUACUACGUGGUACUGCCUCACAAAUAUUGAUCGCUCAUCGUACCUUACGUACUUACGUACCUUUACUUCCCACGGUGGUUUCGUUUUUCGUUUUCCCUUCGUGUUUUCGGCUGUCGCUAAUAACCAACCAACCCUUUUUUUCUGUUGUACUGUUGUAUUGUACUGUUGUACUGUACGUACGGUAUGGUACGUACCGUACGGUAUUUUUGCAGUUUUUCACGUCAACGUCGAGGAGUUUUCUACGAAAGAUUAAGCCGAAACCUCCAGGCAACAAACACACCCCCAAACAUUCGAACAGAAAAGAUGGUACACAACGAAGGAAAAAGCAAGGCGAAAGUGGUGAAUCGACGAGACGAGGAAGAAUCAGACGGGCCUUGUUCGACGAAGCAGUUCUAUCGGGGGAAUCUUCCCAUCGCGACGAAUCUGGAAAGAAACGAAAAUCAGAAGAUGCGAAAGGAAAAGAUUCAAAGAAUAUACCGGAAGCGAAGAGAAGCACUGAAAGCAAAUCAAAGUCAUCGCCGUUGCAUUCCAAAGAAAACUUAGAAAAGAAAUCCAAAGACCACGGUUCGAAAGGCAAGUCGGAAAAGCAAUACGAACACGACAGUUCAAAAGCCAAAGGGAAGGAACCUCAUGGUUGUUCACAUGGCAAAGGAAAGGCAAAGGGCAAAGGAGGCUAUUCAAAAGGGGGGAAAAGCAAAAGCAAGGAAGGAGAUACUUCCAAAGAAAGAAAAAGCAACAGCAAGGAAGGAGGUGGUUCCAAAGGGAUCAAAUGGGCCAAGGAUGGAGGUAGUUCCAAAGAAGGCAAAUGGGGCAAGGAUGGAGGUAGUUCAAAAGGAGACAAAAGCAAAGGUAAAACUUCGAAAGCCUUCGUACCCGAAUCAAUAACCACGGAAGUUGGUUCAAGAUUGCUAAAGAAGAAAAGUAAGGGAGACGGUGUUUCGAAAGGCAAAGGCAAAGACAGAAGAGACGAUGAUUUGGAGGGGAAGGGCAAGAACAAGGGAACCGUCGGCUUCCAAGGCAACGAGACAGGAAACAGCAACGAUGAUGCGAAUGACGAAGAAGACCUUUGCUUAGAACCAGACUCUGAUGAUAACUAUCCAGAGAGCAAGGGAAAGAACAACAGCAAAGGCGGUAGCAAAGGCGGUAGCAAAGGCGGUAGCAAAGGCGGUAGCAAAAACGAUAAAUCGGAGAAGAACAAAAGCAAACACUAUGAUUCUCCAAGUAUUAGCCCUGUGAAUGUUCCAAUUUCGAAAGGCAAAGGUGACAGCAAGGGCGACAAAUCGAAAAAGAGCAAAAGCAAGCACGAUGAUUCUCCAAGUUUAAGCCCUGUGAAUGUUCCAAUGUCGAAAGGCAAAGGCAAAGGCAAAGGUGANNNNAAAUCGAAAAAGAGCAAAAGCAAGCACGAUGAUUCUCCAAGUUUAAGCCCUGUGAAUGUUCCAAUGUCGAAAGGCAAAGGCAAAGGCAAAGGUGACAGCAAGGGUGAUAAAUCGAAAAAGAGCAAAAGCAAGCACGAUGACUCUCCGUCCAAUAGCCCUAUAAGUCAAGGCCCAACGACUCUUUCUCCGACGUCCUAUCCUUCGAAAGGAAAAGACGGCAGCAAGGAGGAUAAAUCAAAAGGUAAGAUUAGCAAAAAGAGUAAAAGCAAGCAUGUCGAUUCACCGACCGGUAGUCCUUCGAUUAUUUUCAGCCCAGGCCCAACGACCGCGAGGCCAAGCAAAUCAAAAGGGAAAGAUGGAAAAAUGAGCAAAAAGAGCAAAAGCGAUAUUAGUCUGCCUACCAAUAGGCCUUCGACCCUUGCGACUAUAGGCCCGACGACCUGGAGUCCAAACCAAGAUACGACAAUGUCACCAAGUGAAAAUUCAACAAUUAGUAGUUUCCCAACUGUCCCUCCGGGGGAUGAAAGAUCUCCGAAACCGACACCUUCUCCUCCACAACAACCGGUAAUUAUAACUAUGAACCCAUCAAGUAAAACAUUGCCAACAACUAAAAGAGAGGAGCUAGAAAGUAUGAUACCAACUAUAUUGUCGACUGACAAAGAUACAAGUGCACCAACUGAACAGGAACGAAACAUAAAACCUACAACGGAUCCGAGAUCAACAGCAAGCCCAAGCAGCCUACCGUCAUUCUCGCAGCAAAAAGUAAGCUCCAUACCUUCGCAAAUAGAAACAACCGUUCCUUCUUUGACAUCAUCACCAACAUCAAAGUAUAUGGAACCAAGCUCAGUCCCUUCAGGGUCUCCUAGUGGUGUCCCAUCUGAAGUGCCUUCUGAAGUGCCUUCAGCAGUACCAAGCGAAGUGCCUUCUUCUGAACCUCGCUCAUUGCCCAGCUCAUCGCCCGGCUCAAUGCCCAGCUCAUUGCCC